UACAGUGAAGACAUUCGCGACUUAGAAUGCUGUCACUAGGCUUGCUUAUCACGUUGGCUUCGCUUUGUGGAGGAGCGGUUCUCGUUUCGGAGGAAGAUGGCAAACAAAUUCAGUUACAGGAAGCUGCGGCUUUCGGAUACGAGAUACUGGAACAUCGGCUUGAUAAUCUGCAAAAUACCUUCUUCAAAUUGUUCACAUCAAUCGAGAAAGUCGAACAAACCAGGGUGGAGGGUCAACGCGCAAUGUUGGAACAAAUACAGAAAGGAAUCACAGUACAAACUGUGAAUCAGGGAGCACAUAGAAUCAUUGAGGAUUGCAUGCAAGCGGAUGUAUCGGGAAGGUAUUUACUACGUCCAGUUGGUAGCUCCAAAACUUUCGCUGUGGUCUGUGAAGCAGAAUCCUUAGGGGGAGGAUGGAUUGUGAUUCAGCAGAGAAUCAAUGGAACAGUGGAGUUCAAUCGUAACUGGGAAGGAUACAAGAAUGGAUUUGGUUCUGUUGGACAGUUCAACGAGUUUUGGCUAGGCUUAGAAAGGAUGCACCAGUUGACAAUAUCUGAUAGCUAUGAACUGGCGGUUGAAUUGAGAAACGAAUCCUCACACUAUGGUUUCGCUUUAUUUUCUAACUUCAAAGUUGCUGGAGAGAGCGACAAAUAUCGGCUAUUCAGUGGAUUCAGAUAUAGCGAAGGAAUAAUUGGUAAUGCGAUGCAAAUUUCGUACAAUGAACAAUUUUCAACGAGUGAUAACGAUAAUGAUCAAUUAUCUGAUAUGCAUUGUGGAUCCAAAUACAACAGUGGAUGGUGGUUUUUCCAAUGUGAUCGAGCGAACCUCAAUGGCCCGUACAAGAAAGACCCUCAAACUGGACGAGGUAUCUACUGGAAAAACUGGGCAGAUGCUGCGACCUACAGUCGGAUUAUGAUCCGACGCUGUUAGUUUAUGAGCGAUUUCUAAUAAAGAUUUGAGUUUAUAAAAAUCUAGAUUAACCAUAACCAGGAAAAGUAAUCUUAGGCAAGUCGAA